CGGCUGCUCGGUCGUCGUUAUGUGACUGUUCACUUUGCUUUAGCGUUGGUUAGAAUAACCUACAUGUUUACACGUUGCUCUAAAUUGGCAAUCUUUACAUAUAUAUACAUAUAUAUAUAAUCUGUAUUAGAUUACACAUAUACGUGGGAUAUAUACCUGCACCGUAGCAACUGCGCACUAUUUCCCACACUACAGGACUCUGGGAGAGUUGCAGAGUACCCAGUUUCAAUCAGGAGCAACUGUAGCUGCCUUGAGGUAUCCAUGGGGACCAGGAGGGUGCUGGUGACAGGCUGUUCUUCUGGGAUCGGGAUGGCUGUGGCUGUACGACUGGCCAAGGAGAAGGGAUUCAAAGUGGUUGCCACCAUGAGGGACCUAGAGAAGCGGGAACCCCUGGAGAGAGUGGCUGGGGACACCCUGAACAGAUCCCUGGAGAUCAGACAGCUGGAUGCCUGCUGUGAAGACUCCAUCAGAGAGUGUGUGGACAGCCUGCAAGACAGACAGGUGGAUGUACUCGUGAGUAAUGCAGGUGUAGGCAUGAUUGGGCCGUUGGAGUGCCAAAGUAUGUCUGACAUGCAGGGGCUCUUCGACACCAACUUCUUUGGCUUGGUGCGGCUGGUGAAGGAGAUCCUGCCUGAUAUGAAGCGACGUCGAAGCGGACAUAUUGUGGUGAUGAGCAGCAUCAUGGGCAUUCAGGGGCUACUCUUCAAUGAUGUCUACUCUGCUUCAAAGUUUGCUGUGGAGGGGUUCUGUGAGAGUCUAGCAGUACAAGCCAUGAAGUUCAGUGUGAAGAUGACUCUAGUGGAGCCUGGUCCGGUGGGGACAGAGUUUGAGAGGAAGGUGUACGAGGACGCUGAGAAGAUGGACCUCACGGGGGUAGACGAGGAGACUGCUAGGAUCUUCCGUGAGAUCUACCUGCCCUACUCUAGGAAGGUGUUCAACUCUCUCGCACAGACACCCGAGGAAAUAGCAGAGCAAACACUUCAACUGAUCACAGCGAAGGAGCCUCCGUUUCGCCACCAGACCAACCGUGUGUACAUGCCCAUGACUGCCCUGAAGCACGCAGACCCUACCGGUCGUCUACCCCUGGACACCUUUUAUAAGCUGUUGUUCAAGCACGACAGUCUAUUCACUGCCAGUCUGGGGCUGCUGCGCAUGUUGCAGAAGAGGGCAGGGAAGAGCUCCAAAUGAGCAGAAGGUUGGAGAGACAGAGUGAAUAACCUAGUGAGGAGAGAUAGGGGGAUAGAGAGAGCAGAAGGUUGGAGAGACAGAGUGAAUAACCUGGUGAGGAGAGAUAGGGGGAUAGAGAGAGUAGAAGGUUGGAGAGACAGAGUGAAUAACCUGGUGAGGAGAGAUAGGGGGAUAGAGAGAGCAGAAGGUUGGAGAGACAGAGUGAAUAACAUGGUGAAGAGAGAUAGGGGGAUAGAGAGAGUAGAAGGUUGGAGAGACAGAGUGAAUAACCUGGUGAGGAGAGAUAGGGGGAUAGAGAGAGCAGAAGGUUGGAGAGACAGAGUGAAUAACAUGGUGAGGAGGGAUAGAGAGAGUAGAAGGUUGGAGAGACAGAGUGAAUAACCUGGUGAGGAGAGAUAGGGGGAUAGAGAGAGCAGAAGGUUGGAGAGACAGAGUGAAUAACAUGGUGAGGAGAGAUAGGGGGAUAGAGAGAGUAGAAGGUUGGAGAGACAGAGUGAAUAACCUGGUGAGGAGAGAUAGGGGGAUAGAGAGAGCAGAAGGUUGGAGAGACAGAGUGAAUAACCUGGUGAGGAGAGAUAGGGGGAUAGAGAGAGUAGAAGGUUGGAGAGACAGAGUGAAUAACCUGGUGAGGAGAGAUAGGGGGAUAGAGAGAGCAGAAGGAGUGAGUCAUUGACUCCAGUCUGCAGUGCACAAGCCCCCUUUUCUUUUCUGCUAGUCAUGUUUGUGUAUAGAAACAACAAAAGAUUACUGUUGAGACCUUCCUGAUAGAUCCUUAGUAAAAGAUGCACGCCUCAGACCAACACGAUUCCUUAUGAACAUUCUCUAACCACUCCUUAAACUAUCAAUGACUGUGCUCAACAAAGAUGAGACUUUGACAAGUUAAGGACUGAUGUUUUUUGGCCUCUAAUCAAACCCGAUAACCUAGCCGUACGGACUAAGGGUUCAGUGUGUCUCAGACCAAUCUGGACUCCUGCAACUGUUCCUUCAGCUUUUAGAGGAUAUUAGUGUGUUACAACUGUAUUUUAACAGUGUAAUGAAGGUUUACGGUAAGACUGGCAACACUUCAAUAAAACGAGACAAAGAUUUUUUCCCAAUUUA